GUUCGGAUUCCUUCACUUUUGGAGUUUCUCCGGUAACUGCUGCGGGUACCAGCGGCGCGCUGAGCCGGAAUAGACAACCCCCCCGCGCCCCCGCGCCCCCGUCCCACACCUCAGCAUCACUCCAGACUGCCAGAGAAAUAACCAGAUCGUUUUCCAUCUGCCUCUUCGUGAGUCCGUUCCUCGGUUCCCCGGUGCUCCAGGACUCGCGGAUGGAGCUCUGAGUUCUUAUUUCCCUCCACUCCCGACACAACUGGAUAUUUGGAUACUCGCAGAUCCAAGGUGCUGCGCUUUGGGUUUUGUUUUUUUUUGGGGACAAAUGCUAUUGGAUGUGACUUCAAAACAUCUCAACGGCGGAGUCGUGUGAGGCCACGAUGAAAGACGAUUUUGCCGAUGAGGAGGAGGUGCAGUCCUUUGGUUAUAAGAGGUUCGGAAUUCAGGAGGGUUCCGAGUGCACAAAGUGCAAAAAUGACUGGGCGCUGAGGGCGGCCAUUGCUCUGCUCUACGUGCUCUGCGCGCUGCUCACCAUCGCGGUGGCCGUCCUGGGAUACAAAGUGGUCCAGAGAAUGGACAAUGUUGCAGAAGGCAUGCAGAAAUUUGGAGGAAAGAUCAAUGCUGUGGAGACGGACCUAAAGAAAUUAGAUGAUCAAACAGGAGAUAAGUCAAUAAAUGCCACAAGUAGCAUCAAGACCUUCAAGUCAGAUCUAGAAGCAUUACAGAAGCAGCUGAACGAUAUUGCCCUCAGGACAACCAGGAACAGGGAUUUACUGGACGGGCUUCAGAUCACAGGGGAUGACAUGCAGAACGGCCACGUGUCUCUGCAGAGCUUUAUGCAAGGCAACCAGGCCUCAUUGCGUGGGGUCAACAAGACCUUGAUUUCCUACAGUGGCAUGAUUGACAACCUCCAGAAUUACACUGCAAGGCUCCAGUCAGAGUUACAGGGCCAGGUCAAAGUGCAGCGCCAGACCCAGGUGAGUAUCAGCGCGCUAAACCUCACCCAGUCCCAGCAGCGCGAUCUGCUCAGCACGCUGCAGAAGACGGUGGAAGGUGCGGGCCAGGCGGUGCAGAAACUGAAAAAUGACUAUCAGGGUCUGCAGCAGACGGCCAGUCAGACCCGAGCUGACACACAGUGGCUCAAGGAAAAGGUCCAGAACCUCCAGGUUUUGGCAGCCAAUAACUCAGCCCUGGCCCGUUCCAAUGGAGAUGCUCUGGAUGACUUGGGGUCUCAGCUCAGCACACUAGUCAGCCAGAUCCAGAACACCUCCGCUCUCACCGAGGAGCACGGCCAGAGUCUGCACGAGCUGAUGGACCACCAGCGCGACCACGAUAACGUAACCUCAUCCAAGUUUGAUCAAAUGGAAUUACGGCUAGACGGACAGGAGAAUGAGAUGGACCGUGUCGCAGGAAACAUGAGCUUCGCCUCGCAGCUCCUCGGUGCCAUCAGCUCCGACCUGAGCGGCCUGAGGUCGUGCGCUGAGACAGUGAUGCGACAUUCAGACGUGUUACUCGGGCUGAAUGACAGCGUGACGGAGGUUAUGGCAGAUAGCAAAGAGCUGCGGGCACAGCAGGACGAGCUGUCGGGCCGGUUGGACAAAGAGGUCAGUAAUCUCUCCGUGGUGAUGGAGGAGAUGAAGCUGGUGGACAGCAAGCACUCGCAGCUCAUCACCAACUUCACCAUCCUGCAGGGUCCACCAGGUCCAAGGGGCUUCAGGGGGGACAAGGGACCACAGGGGGGAAUGGGUCAGCCAGGACAAAAGGGUGAUAAGGGAGAGAAAGGGAUGCCAGGCUUGGUUGGACCUAAAGGUGAGAAGGGUGCUGCUGGACCACCAGGUGUGACGGGUCCAAAGGGGCCAGUCGGGGAACGCGGUCUUCUCGGGGCUAAAGGAUCGAGAGGGUCUGGCGGUCGACCUGGGAACUCUGGAGACAAAGGCGACCCCGGGGCUCCGGGAAUUCCUGGUAGGGAUGGAAUGACAGGGAUGACAGGACCACAAGGGCCACAAGGGCCCGAGGGUGCAGCGGGCCCCGCAGGGCUUGAUGGACCUCGUGGGCCUGUUGGACCCAUCGGCCCUCCUGGUCCUCCAGGGCUACCGGGGAUACCCGCACCUGCACCUCCACUUCCUAAGGAAACAAUCCCAGAAACCCCCAAACCACCAAAACCCACCAAUCCAUCAUCACCUACCAAACCACUUCAGCCCCCCAAACCAUCCCAACCCCCAAAACCACAAGGAUCCGGGUCCCCGCAAAUCCAGCCUCCUGUCACCAAUGCUCCAGAGACUGGUUGCCCAGCUGAGUUCAGAAGGUUUGGAGACAGCUGCUAUUACUUCUCCUCUGGUCCUCAGAGGUUCAACUUUGAUGAGUCCAACCAGUUUUGCAGUAACAUGUCAUCGCUAAUGCUCAUUAUCAACAACAAAGAGGAACAGGUAUUUGUGAAAGAUGCGAUUGCAGGAAAAGGCUAUUUCUGGCUCGGCCUUACUGACAAGGAGGAGGAAAAUGUCUGGAAAUGGGUGGAUGGAACUUUACCAGUUUUCAAGAUGUGGAGGCCCGGCCAGCCGGAUAACUGGACCCACGGCCAUGAAGACGGCGAGGACUGUGCUGGCCUCAUCCACAACGCCAGCUGGAAUGAUUUCUACUGCACUGACCGCAUCGGUUUCAUCUGUGAACGUGCCUCUGACUGGAAAGUUCCCGUUUUAUAGCAUCCGCCGAUGACAGUCGGAGCUGUCUCUGGGGGGAUGAUGAAGAGGCUGAUGUUGAGAUUGAAGGUGUGAGGAUACUGAAGGACAUGAGGAGGAGCUCUAGGUGACUAGAGGACUCCGUCAGCAUCACUGACACUUGGACUGGUCUUCGUCUUAAAGGCACUUUGCAAGUAUGAACAAAAAGAAAGAACAAGCACAGACCAGCCCCCUAUUGUAUUGAUUGGUUUUGGUAUUUGUACUGAAGAAUACAUUCAUUUACUAAGGUCCGCUAAGUUAGCCGCCGUUGUACAGGUGUAUCUGUAAAUAAUAUUUCACAUAAGAUACAUAGUUUGUUGGGAUUGAAUUUCAUAUUGUUGCAUUUUUGGCUGCCUUUCAUUCUUUCAAAAAAUCUAUAUCAGAGGAUCAUCACAAAGUAAACUAUUUUUAUACCGUCAAAUACUUCAUAACUGUGAUUAGAGAUGAGUUUGAGGAAUCGCUCACUAUCACUUUUUUUUUUUAUGUGUAUGUAUUCUCUAUGGACCUCUGUGUCUGGAAUAAAGUUGAUUGAUUGAUUGAUAUCAGCAAAUGACUGCAAACUCUAAUAAAUAGAAACCAAGAAAUGAAAUGUCACUUUUCUACAAAUGUCUUUUUUAAACAGAUGCAGUGUGAGCAGUGCUGCUGUUUUAAGGACAGCAUUUCUUAGACUUUACACUGCCAGUAUGAUGUAUGUAUUCCGUGAUGCAAACAUUAAUAAUGUGUAAAUUCUAAUGUAACCAUCAUAUGCAGAUUUAGCCAUUAUGCCAAUUAAAAUGUGUGAAAUUUGUUACAUGUUUAUUGUUUGCAUAAUCUGUUAUUGUUGAAUGAUCAACCUUUUUCAAUUAAUAUAAUCCUUAAGGACAAAGUAUAAUUUUGUAAUCUGCUCAAGGCCCAUUUUGCCUUAAAACAACAUGUUCCUAUAAGUCACAAUAAAAUGGUAAAGAAACUA